AUGCGCAAUCUCGGUGAUUCACUUCGUUGUCAACCUGCUCCGGGGCAAUUACGACAGUCCCGAGAAUGGAGAUGCCAAUGCGGGAAUCUGGUCGCAGCUGUCUGCGCUGCUUAUCGAGCUCAGCAUUCCUGUUUCCGGCUACAUGGGAGCUCUGUAUCACAACAGGCAGCUCACAUGCUGCUACUGCAGCUGCAAUCUUUUUCUGGCCGUCAUUUCUGUCAUGCACCUCGGUCGUUUUCAGAUCCGUCUCCUGGAAGUGAACGGGCAGUGCAACAAGGAGCAGGAUCCCAGCCAACGGAACCUUUGCCUACUGUGGAUGGAGAACUCCUUCGACAAGUGGGUGUUCCUUUUCAACAUCCUUCUAACGUCGGCUAUGGCCUGCUGUGCUUUUCUGGCAGGAGGGGAGCUGCCCUUGCUGUGAAAUUUGAUGAAGAAGGUAUCCACCUGGACCACAGCAGUAGUUAUUCCCAUGCCCUAAACCCCAAGCCGUUGAGGGAAAUUUUGGCUGUGGCUAUCUAG